AUGCUAGGAGGGGUGACCGCGUCGGGUGCUGGACUCGGGAUCACGGCGACUGCGUUCGUGCGCGUCGAGCGCAUAAUCCAGGGAGCGCGGGAUAAACCACCUAGCUUGUCCACCACCUCCGUGCGCCGCCCCUGCCUGCUCGCCCUCGCCGCCAUCCUCUUCUGCUUUCCACCGGAGACGGCGCUAUAUGCCUAUGGUCCUCUACUAAACUUUCCGCCGCUAACGGUGCAAGUUUCGUAUGAUCCUCCGUGGUCCGACGAGUUCAGGGCCAACGAGGCCGUCGCCGUCCUCGGCGAGGCGGCCAGCGUCGCCGCCAGACACGCGGAUGCGGGCGGCUACGCGUACGGCUGCGCCAGGCUAUGGCUGGCAUGGGGCUGCCCUCCCGCUCCCGGCGAGGGGGUCAACGGAACCCUGGUCCACGGGAGGCGGUCCUAUGAUUGGGAGCUGGAUCGCUUCGAGGAGGAGAGGCGGCACUGCAUCGACGAGCGCGUCCCUCGGGACCAUCCGGAGGAACACCUCUUCCGUCGCACCUACCCGACGACUACUUUUGAUCUUCGCUGUUGUGCCUGUUGCUUUUCAUGUGGUCGGUACUACUGAGGGAGACAUUGUACCAGACAAACAACAAAUAGACAAUUUGCUUUCAUAGUAGCACUAGAUAUAAUUUUUUUUAUACGCUUCUACAGUAAUAAACCAUUGUUAUUUUCCAUAGUUUUUAAACUUGUAAACCUGAU